AUGGAACAAGUCUCUCAACCACCACUUCGUCCCAAGUUCAACACCCCCCAUCAACUCUCUCACCAUCUUCUUCAUGCCGAUAGAGUCCCUUGCUUUGAAGAGGUUUCGAAGGAAAAAGAAGAAGAUGAGUUGGGGGGAAAAGAAGUGGAUUUUUUCAAAGAAAGGGUUGAGAGAUUGGAGAGUGAGAGAGAAGAGAUAAAUGGGGUGAUGUUUAAGGCUUUGGAGUCUCUCACUUCAACGAAGUAUUGCUUGUCUAGAGUCAUAGAGGGAUUAGAGGGAGAAAAGGAUGAAACUUUCGUGGACGAUGGUAAGGGGGACUGGUUAGGUGAGGAAUCAAGGAUGUUGUUGGAAGACGCAAGGUUGAUCUCAAGGCUUGCGAUUGAGGUGGAGACAAGGGUGGAUAGGUAUAAGGAGAUGAGGAGGAAAGAGAAGAGAGAAUUGGAGAGUAGUUUGAUCAGUUUGACUGAGGAGAAUAGGGAUGUUAAUAACUUGCUUAGGAUUGCCUUGUUGGAGAAAGAAGCAUUGGAGAAGAGAAUAAAGGGACAUGACCAUAAAAGGACGCCCCUUUUGCAGUUUGGAUGGUUCAUGAUGGGGGGUGGGAACAGUGAACAAUCAACAGAGAGUUCUGGGGCUAAAUCAGAUAGCAGUGAGUGUGACGAGGAAGUUGUUAGUGUGGCCUCAACCGUGGAAAGGAUGAUGAAGAAUCUGCGUCUUGAAAUAACUCAAUUGAGGAGAUCUUUGGAAGAAUAUAGGUCAGACACAGAGCGCCUCCAGAGUCUCACAGAAAAACAAGGCAAGGAAAUUGUAGAAAACAAACUCUAUACAAAGGAGUUAGAAGAUAGAGAGAGGAUCUUGGCUCACAAUGUAGAGGAGUUUUUGAUGGAGAUCAAAGCAGCGGAAGAAGAAGUUGCUAGAUGGAAGGAAGCUUGUGAGUUAGAAGUUGAAGCUGGAAAGAAAGAGAUUGAAGAGCGUGACAAAAUGGUGGCUGCUUUGAAACAAGAACUGCAUAAAACAAAGACUGCUUUGGACAUAUCCAAUGGAAAAUUAAGGCUGAAAGAGGAACUUGCAAUCACUGCAAUAGCUGCACAGGAAGCAGCAGAGAGGUCUUUGAAACUGGCUGAUAGUAGAACAGUUGAACUUCGUGGACGAGUUGAAGAAAUAACCAGACAACUAGAAGAAGCAGAGAAACGAGAAAGCAAUAUUCAUAAAGUGAGACGCAUAUGUUGGCCAUGGCAAGUUUUCAAAUUGACCUCUGCCAAUGUAGCAAACACUAGAGUUGGAAAUGCCAAAAGGAUGCUACCAGAAAUGCAAGCAUUAAUUUAA